CGGCUACCAGGGCAUAUUCGUUUCUGGGCUCUCGUGACGAGUUAGCGUGCGUCUCAUCGUUGGUUUGAUCAAAGUAAGAUUCGAAGAGGUCCAAGAAACUACCAAGCAAUAUGAGGGAAAUCGUCCACAUUCAAGCCGGCCAGUGCGGAAACCAAAUUGGCGCGAAGUUUUGGGAAAUAAUCAGCGACGAGCAUGGCAUUGACCCAACUGGUACCUAUCAUGGCGACUCGGACCUUCAAUUGGAACGAAUCAACGUCUACUACAACGAGGCGUCCGGUGGUAAAUACGUACCACGUGCCAUCCUCGUCGACUUGGAGCCGGGAACUAUGGACUCUGUUCGCUCUGGUCCGUUCGGACAAAUCUUCAGACCUGACAAUUUCGUGUUCGGGCAAUCCGGAGCUGGCAACAACUGGGCCAAGGGUCACUACACCGAGGGAGCCGAACUAGUCGACUCUGUACUCGACGUUGUUAGGAAGGAAGCAGAGAGCUGCGACUGCCUCCAGGGAUUCCAGCUGACUCACUCUCUCGGUGGUGGUACCGGAUCCGGUAUGGGCACCCUGCUCAUCUCCAAGAUCCGCGAAGAGUACCCCGACAGAAUCAUGAACACGUACUCGGUCGUCCCGUCUCCUAAAGUAUCAGACACCGUCGUAGAACCGUACAACGCGACACUCUCCGUACAUCAAUUGGUAGAAAAUACAGAUGAAACCUACUGCAUCGACAACGAGGCCCUCUACGAUAUCUGCUUCCGCACCCUGAAACUCUCCACACCUACCUACGGCGACUUGAACCACCUCGUCUCCCUUACGAUGUCCGGUGUCACGACCUGCUUGAGGUUCCCUGGACAGCUGAAUGCUGACCUUAGAAAACUUGCCGUAAACAUGGUACCGUUCCCGCGUCUCCACUUCUUCAUGCCAGGUUUCGCUCCGCUCACAUCCCGCGGCAGCCAGCAAUACAGAGCUCUUUCGGUUCCUGAGCUCACGCAACAGAUGUUCGACGCGAAGAACAUGAUGGCUGCCUGCGAUCCCAGGCACGGAAGGUACCUGACGGUAGCCGCCAUCUUCCGUGGAAGGAUGUCGAUGAAGGAAGUAGACGAACAGAUGCUAAACAUUCAGAACAAGAACAGCUCGUACUUUGUCGAAUGGAUUCCGAACAACGUAAAGACAGCCGUCUGCGACAUCCCGCCUCGUGGUUUGAAAAUGUCUGCCACGUUCAUUGGAAACUCGACCGCCAUCCAGGAACUGUUCAAGAGAAUUUCCGAACAGUUCACAGCUAUGUUCAGGAGGAAAGCUUUCCUUCAUUGGUACACCGGCGAGGGUAUGGACGAGAUGGAAUUCACCGAGGCGGAAUCGAACAUGAACGAUUUGGUUUCGGAAUACCAGCAAUACCAGGAAGCUACCGCGGACGAAGAAGCAGAAUUCGACGAGGAGCAGGAAGCCGAAGUCGAUGAGAACUAAAGAGGACCACCGGAUCUCUCUACCCGCAACAACCAACUCUCUCAACCCGUUAUCUCCGCUCAUGCUGCUUCUCGAUUCUGCGUUUACCUUUUUAAUUAUUUUUUUUUUUUUGUUUCAUUUUUUACAGACUGUUUCUU